AAAUUUUCUCACCGCAUCAGGAACAUGUAGAAGGCCCGACACUCGACAACGCACGGAGCAUCUUCUUCGUUCUACGUGAAAACCUGACGUGCGCCGAGAGAGCUCUUCCCCGCGCGAAAAGUGUUGGGUGAGUCGGCCAGAGACCUGUCACUCUCCUGAACUAACUCAAAAACCCUAGCAAUGUCUUCUCCCCUGCGGCGAAUCAGACCUUUAGCACUCUAAGCCCAGCCAUGUCUUUGACCAUGUCACUCUGCUCUCAGCACCUCUCUGCAAACCGCACCUCUCGUAACAUCCUUAACUCCCGAAACGCCAAUCUCUAUACUCCUUCCAAAAACCCCAUCUUCCUCUCCGUCUCCUCCAAAUUAUUGGCAAGUCCUCUGCAUUUCAAAUACCUAGGUACUAAAUCUCCAAACCACGAGCAUCUCGAACCAUUCAGGGCACGUCGGUCUCAACUCGGAGCUUUCCCCGAGGGCAACGUUCAAGCUGAGAAACUUCGCGUCAGCGAUCACUAUUUGGAGGCAUUCCUUUCGAUUGCCGAAUUGCUAUGUCUGGCUUCGUCUGCCGUUCUUUCGAUUGGAUUGGCUGUGAAUUGCGCAUUGUCGAGGUGCCAGAAGGGGUUUGCGGGGCUAUUGGUGGACGGAAUUUUGGCGUGGCAGGUCGUGAUGUCGGUGGCUGCAAUGGCAUUUGGGGCAUGGAUUCGGAGGAGGCAAUGGAGGAGAACUUGUAUCAAUUCAUCCAAAAUGGCGGGGGUUUCAGAGGUUAAUUUGGUGGAGCGGGUUGAGAAGCUCGAUGAGGAUUUGCGAAGCUGUGUAACGAUAGUAAGGGUUUUGUCAAGGCAGCUUGAGAAGUUGGGCAUUAGGUUUAGGGUUACGAGGAAGGCUUUGAAAGGGCCCAUUGCCGAGACUGCAACUUUGGCUCAGAAGAAUUCUGUGACCACUCGAGCAUUAGCACAGAGAGAAGAUAUUCUUGAAAAAGAGCUUGGUGAAAUUCAAAAGGUUUUGCUGGCAAUGCAGGAACAGCAGCAAAAACAACUUGAGCUGAUUCUUGCAAUCUGCAAGGCUGGGAAGCUGUUGGAAAGCAGGCAGGUACCUACUCAAGAACGAGAUGCAGUUGAACGGUAUAAUUUUACCGAGGGGACGAAAGGGGUGGAAAACAACAGAAUUCGGCCUGCUUCUGGGCACAAGGGAGCCAACAAUGAUAUAGCCUGACAUUUUUAAGCAGCAAAUAAAAUGGAACUUGCAUAUCUGGUCCGCUGCCCAUCCUGUUCAGGAUCUUCAGACUGAGCCGCAGAAGCCAUAUUUGUAAGAGUCCUAUCCUCAGGUUGAGAAAGUAGUCAGUCUGUAUUUCUCAAAUUUGUCGUUCCAGGAAAGUAGGAAAAUUGAUGAGGUGAGAAAUACUGGAGAUAUUGUGCGAAUAAUACAUGUACCCUGUAUGCUUCUGUUGUAAUAAAUUGUAGAGAAACUCUUAUGCGGCA